UCUACAACCUCGGACUUUCACCGCACCCAAGUCUCCUCUUCCGCCAUUGUCUUCCGGCGGCCCCCGGACUCUCACUCUCUCUCUUGCAGUGAACUCUUCACCGAGGAAAAUGGCCAGAAACCUAGUAGGAUUUCUGGUUUUGAUUCUGACGCUGUCCACCUGCGGGGCUUCGAUCUUCCAUCCGAUUUCGGACUCUCACCGAUCUGCUGCUUUGGAGCUUUUUGCACCAAGCGAGGGAGCUUUUGGAAGCUUAGAGGAAUCAUUUGAGGCUCUAAGAACAUUUGAGAUCUUGGGAAUCGAAAAGAAGAUUGAUGUAACGGAAUCCACAUGUCAGCUUGUGGCGUUCGCUGUUGGUUCCUCAUCUUCAAGUCUGAAGGAUUUGUUUUUCGCACUGAGAGUUAAUGGGAUAUUAAAAUGUGUGAUUGAGGGAGUCCUUGAGGGAAUCAAAUCAAGACUGCAAGCUGCUGUGAAUGAUGCAAGCUCAUUGCUUGAUUUCUAUUACUCAGUAGGAAGUUUGGUGCUUAUCAAGGAUCAGACUUCAAGCAGCGUGCUUUUUGGGGAUGCUGAUGGGAUUUUUCGUUCCAUUAAGGCUCUCAGCCAAAGUGAUGGAAGGUGGCGUUAUAAUUCUAAUAAUCCUGAGUCUAGCACAUACGCAGCUGGAAUAGCACUUGAAGCGCUUGCUGGAGUUGUCUCAUUAUCAUCUUCUGAGAUAGAUCAAUCCUUGAUUGACACUCUAAAAAAUGACAUAGUGAAGCUUUUUGACAGUAUUGAGAAAUAUGACGAUGGGGCCUUUUACUUUGAUGAGAAACAUGUUAAUGCACGCGAACAUCAGGAUGCUCUUUCAACUACUGCUUCUGUUGUUCGAGGGAUCACAGCAUUUUCAGCUGUUAUUUCUGGCAGUCCAAGUCUUCCAGGGGAUAAAAUAUUGGGUUUGGCAAAAUUCUUCCUUGGAAUUGGGAUUCCUGGCAAUGCCAAAGACUUCUUCUACCAAAUAGACUCACUAGGUUGCUUGGAAAGCAAUAGGGUUGCCAUCCCUUUGAUUUUGUCACUUCCAGCUACUGUGCUUUCAUUGAGUAAGAAAGACCAGCUAAAGGUUAAGGUGAAUACUGUGCUAGGUUCCAGUGCGCCCCCUCUAACAGUAAAGCUUACAAAAGCUUCCAGUUUUGAUUCAAAGGAUUCUUUCAUAAUUGAGAAUCAGGAAUUGAAGUUUGACCCAGAGAAUGCAAUUUAUUUCUUGGAUGGUUUGCCAAAGGGUGUUGAUGUUGGACAUUAUGUAUUUGUUUUUGAGGUUGUGCUUCGUGAUCCAGAGCAUAAGAAAGUUUAUGCAACUGGUGGUCAAACUCGGGUACCAUUAUUUGUUACGGGAGUCAUCAAAAUUGAUGGUGCAGAAAUUGCUGUACUUGAUGGUGAUCUUGGAAGCAUAGAAACCCAGAAAAAGCUAGAUUUGGCUGGACAAAAUACUGUUUCUUUAUCAGCAAACCAUCUCCAAAAGUUACGUCUAUCAUUUCAGUUGACCACCCCUCUUGGGAAUGCUUUUAAGCCACAUCAGGCAUUUCUCAAGUUGAGACAUGAGAGCAAAGUUGAGCACAUCUUUGUGGUGGGAGGCUCCGGAAAAGAAUUUGAAACAAUACUAGACUUUCUUGGACUGGUUGACAAGCUCUUCUAUCUCUCGGGAACGUAUGAUAUCCAACUGACUGUUGGUGACUCUGUCAUGGAAAACUCUUUUCUACUGGCUCUGGGACACAUUGAAUUAGAUCUACCUGAACCACCUGAGAAGUCAACCCGCCCACCUCCACAACCUCUUGAUCCUUACUUGAGGUAUGGGCCCAAGGCAGAAAUAACCCAUAUCUUUAGGGCUCCAGAAAAACGUCCACCUCAAGAGCUCUCUCUUGCAUUCUUGGGUCUUACCUUUCUACCACUCGUUGGAUUCUUGGUUGGGCUAUUACGACUUGGAGUGAAUCUGAAGAGCUUCCCUGCAUCAGCGGCACCUGCCAUAUUUGCCAUUCUCUUCCAACUUGGCAUCGCAGCUGUACUGUUGCUCUAUGUGCUGUUCUGGUUGAAGUUGGAUCUAUUCACAACAUUGAAGACACUGGGUCUCUUGGGAGCUUUCUUGGUGUUUGUGGGACACAGGAUCCUUUCUCACCUUGCAUCGACCUCAUCCAAGUUAAAAUCUGCUUGAGAAGGGUUUUCUUUUGUAAGGAAGACCUGAGAAUCACUCCAUUCAAUAGUUGUAGUGAGUUGGUCACUGUGCUUCAAUUUUGUAGGAUUAUUUUUGUUAAUUUAUUUAUAUACACUAUUAACUCAUCAUUGGCAGAAUUUUAGUGCACAAAAUCAAUUUGGAAAGGGAAAAAAAAAAAAAAAAAUUACCUCCUUAUGUUCAAGGACUAGGCAAUUUCUUAGGAUAGGGUGAUCGAGUCUGAAAAAACGACUUAUUUUCCUGUGUUUCGGAUGUCAUGUUGUAGUUUGGUUAAUCAGUUAAUCUGCUUCUGCCAUAUUUACUAAA